AUGUAUGUGAAAUGGUUUGAUACAGUAAUGUUUUACUAUGUGAUUUUAAUGAAUGUCACUUUUUGUCAUUUUCAAAUUUCCCGCCGUUCAGUCCCCCAUACGUCCCGACACUCGCAGGGGACGGAACCCAGGUGACAGAUGCCGGCAUCCACCGGAGGACAUUGCCAGGGAAACUGCAGGAGGGACAUCGCGGGAGCACAGGACAAGGUAAGUGAUCGAGGGAUCCCGGAGCCAAAUGGUAAGCCCGAGUGUAGCUCGGGGUUACCGCUUGUGCUACACUAGGGAAUACCGCCAUGGAGGCUAUGGCAA